AGAGUCUCAUCAGUCACACACAACUUCCUUUGCCUUCCAAAAGAGAGAGAGAGAGUGAAACAGUGUCGUUUUGAGACAAUGAGUAGGAAAAUGAAAUCGAACGCAGGCAGCUCCGCCGAGAACAGUUCUCCGCCUCUAUUGAGGAACGCAUUUCAGAAAAGUGGGAGUCAGGCGGCGUACGAGGUGAUCGAGACGAAGAACGCGUGCGUGAUGAGAGCUGACUUGCCUGGGUGUCUCGAGUCAGACCUCACAUACUCCGUCGACACCGUCGGCAACAGCGUCCACUUCUUCGCCAACGAACCAGCCAUGCCCGAGUACGAAAGCGCCGGACGAAAGUACGGAGGCUCCAUGGUGGUCGACAACCCAGAGGCGUUCGACGUGAAGAAAGCUAAGGUGAAGCUUAUCAACGGAGUGCUCUGGAUCACCGUCCCUAAGUUCCCCGGCACAAAGACCUCCGUUGGUGUCGUUCAGAAGAAGAUCAUUCGCACCUGAUUCGUGAUUUUGGUUUGUGGUCUAGCUAGCCUAGCUAGCGUCUCUAUAUAUCUAUCUAUCAAUAAUAGCUUGCUCUCAUGCAGCGCUGGUUUAUGUUUAUCUAAUUUCUUUGAUGGUUUAAGUACGCUCUUGCUUGUUGCUUCUUCUUUUUGUUUUGGUUUUAAUCUUACAUUAUAAUUUAGUUAUAAUCCAUCA